UCAAACUUUUGUCUAUAGAUAAUAUACCUAUAAUUACUAAUUAUACUUAUGGAUUGUGCUCCUCCGAGCGGAAGCUUGAAGCAAAACUAUUUUAGUAUUGAUGAUAUUUUAAUGUCAAGUGAAAAAGUUCCAUGUAGCUUUCUUUUGCCAGUGUUUGGUUUGGGUUUUCUGGAUCCAGGAAGUGGUAAAAAGGACAUAACCGAAGGUACAAAGAUGGAUUUGCCAUUAUGGCUUGCAUCAUCACUUGGAGCAAAUCCUAAAAGAAAACUUGUAUCUGUAGAAAUAACAAAACCUUACAGAGAAGUCUAUAGAGAAAUUCUGAAGGCUGAUGCAUCAGUUGUAGAUCUACAUAAACUCGGUCCAUAUUAUUAUGCAAUGGGACAACAAAUGCUGGUUUUUAAUGCAGAUGAAUCUGUGUUUGUUGCAAGAAGUCUAGUUCAGGCAUUUGCUGAUAGAUUUCGCAGGAUAAUGGAUUGGUCAACCAAUGCAUUCAAAUUUGACAGUAAUAGACAUAAAGAAAAACUGGAUGAAGUUGAACGAAAUUUAUUUGAAGUUGGACAAAAAAGUCUUCAUAGUCAUAUGAAAUGGGAGGUGGGAACUAGCCAUAAAUUAACUGCUUCUGAAAUGGUAAUCAGGCAUAGAAAACGAAAGCGCGAUGCUGAGUAAGGACUGUUUUCUGUAAGCUGAUUACUAUACCAGCCAAUGAGUACUGACUUGCUGAUCUGUGCACGACAUGACAUGAAUGUCUGAAGAGUGAAUUGGGGUAUGGUUAAAGAUACUAAGAUGUUGAGCUAAAAUCAUUCAAGCACCAGACUAAUAAAGAAUGGUAUCACAGUGUUGAGGCAAAUUAUAAAUUCUUAUUGCCCAUGUACUCUCUGAAAUCCAUCUGUUACAUUCAAAAUGUAGAAAUUGUCAUAUACUUUCGUAAAUUUUAUUUACUCAUUUAAUAACAUUUGGCAUAUAUCAUAUUGGCAUUAUUGCAACUUAAAAUCAUGACGAUCAAAAAUAAUUACAUAAAAACAUAAGUACAUACAACAAUGAAUUUCAAAAGUUAAAGGAUGAUGGACACAGUUUCAUUAGUACCAGCACCGAUUUCCGACUUUGGGUGGAACAACCUUUUUUCCAAGCUUGUGUGCCAGCACCAUAUAAGUGCUCUUCAUGUCAUCAAGAUUAAUAUAACAACCCUGGUAAGGUAGAUGUCAAAUUUAAGAAUACUAUUUUGAGGGCUAAUGUUUGAUGAAAUUCAAGUUUAAAAUCUAGUGACAAACCAUUGAAAAUAUAUACUGUUUUUUGCCCUCUUUUAAAAUAAAACAUUGAGAUAAGCUC